CCGCCCGCCCGUAGCUCCUGAGCUCCUCCUCCGCCGCGCCUCCCUCAAUCCCGGCGCCGCCGCCGGAGCGGCUCACGGUCCUCCCAGCGAACCUCUCUCUCGUCCGUCCUCCAGCUGCCCCCCGCCGGCUGGUCAGAUCCUUCGGGUGGCCUUUUAAAAUAAGCACCAGAGCCAGAGAGAGCCAAGCAGGAGCGGAAAAUGUUGGGAAGACUUCUGUGCUCUCUCUCUACUUUCCCAGCCCCUCCAGCCCUGAUUCCCUACUCGGAUAAUGUGAUGUUCAGAGGGAUUCCUUAAUCCAAGUCACCCCUCAGUCAGGCCUAUCUACAAAAGAUUGUAUCCUUAAUUCAAGAUGGCAAGCCAGCCGCCGGAAGAGCCUGUGGAGUCUCAGGUCUCGGAUGAGCUGGAGUGCAAGAUUUGUUACAAUCGGUACAACCUGAAACAGAGGAAGCCCAAGGUUCUGGAGUGUUGUCACAGGGUCUGUGCCAAGUGCCUCUAUAAGAUAAUAGACUUUGGAGACUCUCCCCAAGGUGUCAUCGUCUGCCCUUUCUGCAGGUUCGAGACGUGCCUGCCAGAUGACGAAGUGAGCAGCUUGCCUGAUGACAAUAACAUCUUGGUAAACUUGACUUGUGGAAGCAAAGGGAAGAAAUGCCUGCCCGAGAAUCCCACCGAGCUGCUGCUCACCCCCAAGAGGCUUGCUUCCCUCGUCAGCCCUUCUCACACGUCCUCCAACUGCUUGGUUAUCACCAUCAUGGAGGUGCAGAGGGAGAGUUCCCCAUCCCUUAGCUCGACGCCAGUGGUAGAAUUCUACAGGCCGGCAAGUUUCGACUCUGUCACCACAGUGUCCCACAACUGGACGGUGUGGAACUGCACCUCCCUGCUCUUUCAGACGUCCAUCCGGGUGUUAGUGUGGCUGCUAGGUUUGCUGUACUUCAGCUCCUUGCCCUUAGGGAUCUAUUUACUGGUGUCUAAGAAAGUCACCCUUGGGGUGGUCUUUGUUAGCCUCGUCCCCUCUAGCCUUGUCAUCCUUAUGGUGUAUGGUUUUUGCCAAUGCGUUUGUCAUGAAUUUCUGGACUGUAUGGCACUUCCUUCUUAAUCAAUAGGCAAAAUAGGAAAUUUGGCACAUACAGUUACGUUCAAAUGAUGUACAUGCGAUUUGCUUUCUUUUGUAUUCUCUACGACUAGUGUCUACAGCCUCAACAAAGCCCUUGGCCAUACGUCUGUGGUCCAUUUUCUGUCCAGAUGUUGGCUUGAUGGGUUUUCCUGGAUUCUGAAAAAUGUUUAAGAGACAUUCAUUUCUACAUAGGGGUUAGCCAGAAAGCAAAUUGUGUGUGCCUAGCUUUUUAGGGCGCGCCAACAGUUGUGAGGCGUCCGGGAGCAAAGGUGUGGGCACAGUGAGUGCUUUCAGACAGGUACCAGGCAAGGUGACAGGGUCCUGGUGAAUAGGUCGGGAUGAAUGGAGGCCUCCUUCAAGUUAGGGGUAUCCUAUGAUGGUGGGUAGAUGUCAGAGGCAGGUUGCUCCAAAACAGAUCAGUGUGCUUCCCCAUUCUCUGAGCAGUGGAGCCCCUAAUCACCCUCAGGUGCUUUCUUUCUUGAGGUAAUGCUUCUCUGAGGUCUGCUACCCCCACUCAGAUUCCUUUGUCUUCUGUGUGGUGCUCCCUGCCCCAGGGUCCCACAAUCUUGCCCCCUUUGGUGGUUCCUGCAAAGUUCCUGUACUGGCAUGUUGUUACAGAAGAUGGAUGAUUCCGAGAAGUUUGCAUGGAAGUAGACCUCAUGCCUGGGCAUGACCAUUUCUGUGUGCAUCUCUCUCCCAGGCUUCCUGGAGAAGAUCUGAGCAGUUUUUGCAUGUGGAAGGAUUCCCUGGAGUAAUUUCUUAUAGCAUUUCAGUUUUGUUUGGUUUCUAACCACAUUCUUCAAUCCGCCCCUAGCCAUAUCCUGAAUGAAGUUCCAUUUAAAUUAGUCGUUAUCAGCUUAUGAAGGUUUCGUUUUCUUCCCCUUGUUUUAAGAAAUUUGCUUAGGGCUGACUUUGCAGACUCCUACAACACUCUGAGGGAAGCUGUGAUGGUGGAAGCCCAAUAACAAGCCACCAACUGCUCUAGUCCUAGGCACCAGGAACCCCCGUGUUCUGUUGAGUACCAGACUGCAGUGGCUCAGGCUUGUGUCCUGUGUAAGUCCAGGCAAAGGAAAGGGUGAAGCCAUGCCAAGCCGAUGCCCUCCUUGGAGAGAUGGGUCAAGGAGUGAAGUGGGUGCAGCUCACUUGUGGCUACCUGCUGUUCAGUCAGUUUGGGGAUAGAGUCAAGUCCUUGAAUUUAUUUUCUGUAAAAGCAUAAGCUACAUGACUUGAGUAUAAACCCCUUUUCAUGAAACAGACUGGGCGACAUUGAAUGUAUAUAUUUAUGGGAAUAAGUUGUGUAGUAGGCUUUAGAUGGGGGCAUAGGAUGUUCACAGAAACUAGACAAAAAGAGGAAAGGAAGCUUUUUAGUGUCUGAGACUCGUUACUGAUACUAACAAUAAAAUACCCAUAAUGCUUAGCAAAGGGCUUUACCAAGACUCUGUUAGCUUGUUUGUGGUGAAAUAUUUGUAGUGUGAAAUAGUUACAGGGGGCCAGUUCCAAACUGUAUAGAAGGAAAUGGAUACUUAUCUAGAAUAGGAGUUUCGUUUUAGUUACACCACUAUUAACUUUGAGAACAUGUGUGCCCAGGGUACAUAGAAUGAGAAUGUUUAUGUGGGAUGUGGUCCAGUGAAAUUUAAACCCCAAGUUAGAGCUAAAUACAUUUAUGAUUCCAGAAACCCUAGUUUUAGGUAGUAUUGUGGAUGCGGUUUCCAGAAUUCCAUUUGUACUUUGAGUAAAUACAAUAUUUAAGAGGUUUUGUGGUUUGGAUUUCUAUAUUUAUAAGGUUUCUUUUGUAAAGAUGCUCAUUUGGUGUGAACUGUGAUGUUGAGUGAGGUGGUGGGUAGCCGCAGGAAGAGAUUCCCAGAAGGCCCUGGACCAGCUCUGUGUUUUGCUACUUUGUGUGAUGUCUGCAGUGCUGAAGUUGUGUCUGUGUGUGCUGUGGCAAUAUUUUUCUUAAUGCCAGUGUGUUGGUUUGUUUUAAAGAGUUUUAAAUGUAUGACAAUAGCAAUGCAAAACUACGCAACUCUCCAUGCUGUGGAAUGGAAGGGACAACCCUUAACUGUUGUAUUCCCUCUGCUAAUGUUUUCUUGUCUAUUAAAUUUUAUGAUUUCUAAAUGA